AUGGGUGCCCAGGCCUCGUCAGCCCAAGCUCAAAUGCAACAAGAACAUGAUCCCAACUCCGCAUUCCCAUGGUGGACGAGAUUCCUGGCCAAGGGACUGGGGAUCUUUGGUGGUUUUAUCGCAAUGUUCUUCGGACUUCUUGGUCUUCUCAGUUUUAGUGCCACCUGCAUUGCAGCGGUUCUACUACAACUGUAAGUGGUUUUGUUUUUUGUUGUUCUUGGUUUUUAGGAAAACGAAGAGACGAUAUGUCGACUGAACAGGAUUUCUAAUAGGAUUUAGUUGAUUUUCCAAGGGAAUUGAGGAUUUAUAUUAGCCUUGUCCUUUUAGCCCCUGGUCUUGAAGAUUGGAAUUUUUGAGGGCUUGAUGAUCAAUUCUUUGAAUGAUUUUUGGCAUAGAGAAAGAAAUAGACCUAGUCUUGAUAUUCAGAAAGAUUUUAGAUUCCCUGGGUGGUUAGUUCAUCAAGUUUUAGACCAGUUAUAUUACCCUUCCCAGCUUGAGGUUAGGAAAUUGAAACUGCUCAAAAAGAUUAAAUUGUGGCUGAAUUUGACAUUGUAUUGGAGUAUUUAGAAAGAAUAAAGGCUUAUCUUACUGUGUAGAAAAAAUCUAGCUACCGGGGUCUUCAUUUCACAACUUACGACCAAAAAUAUUAUCCAUCCUUUUCAGAGCAGCCGGAUUUGCAACUGUCGCGCUGGAAGCGCCCUUCUGCUGCGCUUUCCUCGACUUUUUCGAACGGAUAUCACAGUUCAGUGAAUCUCGCGCCUUCUGGCAAAAGGCCGCAUUAUACAUGGGCAUGGGAGCCGUACCAAUUUUGAUUUGUCCCGAGCUCAACACAAUCUUGGGAGCCGGCACAAUUUUUGCUUCAGGAGUCGUAUAUGGCUUCAUGGCAUUGGGCAAAAAGUGAGUUUCAAGAGAGAAUAGAGUCUAAUAGAGAUGUCUGUAGCAAAAUUUAACGGUUUCUCUUUAGUUGUGAUAUUAUUUUAGUGAAAAUUUUGACAUUUUGACUAAUUUUUGAUAAUUUCAGAGCCGACCGAGGUCAAAUGAUGGCUGCUGGUGGCUCGGAUCCCGCCUGGAACCCCAACGUCCAAUCGGGCGCACCGCAAGGCUUCAAUCAACCAUAA